AUGGCAGCCAAGCGCGAUCUGAGGUGUUCGCGGCGGUUACUGUGGAGGUUGUGGCUGGUCCCGACCGGUCCACAGAACCCGGGGUCCGGCCUGGGCCUACAAGCGAGGACUUACUCCCAGGGCGACCGCUCAUACUCGCGCACCGCGCUCUACGAGCUGCUCGGCGUCCCCUCCACGGCCACGCAGGCGCAAAUCAAGGCAGCUUACUACCGGCAGAGCUUCCUCUAUCACCCGGACCGCAACUCGGGGAGCGCCGAGGCUGCCGAGCGCUUCACGCGCAUCUCCCAGGCCUACUUGGUGCUGGGCAGUGCCACCUUGCGUCGCAAGUAUGACCGCGGCCUGCUCAGCGACGAGGACCUGCGCGGACCUGAUGUCCGGCCCUCCAAGGGGCCCGCCGGCGAUGACCGCUCGCCCCGCACCCGGCCACCUGCCUCUUGGGCCCACGACCGCGGUCAGGCCGCGGCGGGCGCCAGCCGCACCAUGUUCAACUUCGACGCCUUCUACCAAGCGCACUACGGAGAGCAGCUGGAGCGCGAGCGGCGCCAGCGGGCCCGGCGGGAGGCCCUGCGCAAGCAGCAGGAGGACCGGGCCAAGAAGGGCUUCCGCUGGGACGAGACCCGAGACACGACUUUUGUGUUCCUUCUCCUGACAGCCUUCGUCCUCAUAAGCUUUCGUUUUUAAUCGGAGGAGGAGGAGGAGGAGGACAGGGGAGCCGCUCCCAGCCGGCCCCGAGAAAAUGGCCUUUCCUGUCUGCUUGAACCCUUUGCCUUCGGUAGUCUACCUCUGCUGGGGUCCGAAGGAGCUGCCUACCCCCUCUUCCCCGCCCGCCCAGCUUAGCCCUCCACCUGCACGUCCCUCCCCUACGGUCCAGGGAAGAAAGCUUUUGGAUGCCCAAGAAAGAGGCCCCGAGAAGAAGAGUCCCGAAAGCCCGAGAGUGAAGGGUUUUCUGGAGUCCCUUGGGUGCCUGCUUCCAGAGGUUGCGUUCCUGAUGUUGUCAACUUCUGGAACACGUGCUCUGGCUUUGUUCUAAAGCUCGGGGCAAGCCCUGUCUGCUCCUGCCCCGCAUUCGUUCGGUGGGGCGCCUGUGUAACCUUGAACCGUGCCAUGCGACCAAUUGUUGGCUGCCAAAAGAAAAAUUCUGGGGUUGUACGAACCUUGUCUUUCUGUGAGUUCCCCAGCCACAGGUGAGACCUGAUGUAGGGUAAGAAUGGGAUCUUUGGAAACCUUGCCACACUUGAUCAGCCCCAGGCCCCACUCCCCCUUCUGCUGGUGCCAUGUGGGAGCUGCAAAGCAAGGUCACCGAGCAUAAGGGACCAGAGUGCCUGUGUAGGACGUCAGAGAAAUUACUCGGUGGCACGGCCACAGAGGAACAAAUCAUUUUGCUCUCUUGAGGUCUGUCACACUUUAUUAUCCAUAGUUCUAAUGGGCUCAGGGAUUAAAACAUGAUGUUAGCAGAGUCAAGUUUAUCCUUGGGACAGUGUGCCCCUUGCUAACUGUACAGUCCCGUGCCUUCCCCGAAAGACAGCAACAAACUGGAAAUUUGAAUCCAGCAAACUGGGAUGGCGGCCUGUCCUCUUGUUUAACCUCACAAGUCAAGUCCUUGAAACCUGGCAGCUUGAGCGUGGCGUCGACGGUACUUGUAAGGGAGAGGCGGCAUGUGGUGGAAACUUGGUUCUUUAUUCUGAGCUGGCUGGGGCUUUUUCCCUCUCUCGGUUUCUAAGUCGAGCUAAGCAGUUGGUCACCACUUGGCUGGAGCUGUAGUAGUCAGGCUCUUGAUUCUGUGUCCCUGAUCAUGGUGCGGGGUGGGGGGACGGUGAGGGGGGCUGUGGGAGUUCAGCAGCUCAGGUGUUCCUGCUCUAGGGCUAAGUGUAAAGCUGUAGGAUAGGAAAACCUUUGCAAGAACUCUACCACAAGAGUGAGGACAGAAGUGUAGGUUCUAACCAGAGCCAGCGGUGCUUUGGUAUAUUAGUAAGAACUGCUCUUGAGAAAUCCUAAUAAUUAGGAUAAGGCCACAGCUAGUUCAAAUUGGUGUCUCAGAAAUGAUUUUGAUUUUAGCUUUGGAGGUUGGGGCAAAAUCUUUGGACUUUGCUGUGACCAUACGAUUCAGUGGUAAAGAUUUGAGCCGGCUUUGGAUUCAGACCUGGUAGGCUCAGUUAGCCUUGGUUUGGGGGGAGGGGCAGAUGUACUUUUAGAGAGAACAUUUAAUGUUACUAUGUUUCAUAUUUGGAAAACAAGUCCUUCAGAAUACAAACAACAGGAAGUGUUCGGCUUGGUAGAAUGUGCCAGAAACCAGUGGUUUGCAACCAGGCACCUGGACGAAUAAUGGAGUGUCCUUGGGGCAUGAUUCUCUCAGAGUUUCUAUCAAAAAGGAUUGGGUUCUUUGGAGGUUUGUAUAAACACUAGUGGUCUGUAAUAGCUGGGACCUUUCUCAUCGGUGGCUUUAUAUAGACCCCCCGAGUUUGUGUUCUGUCCGUGAAUGUCAAAGCUAAGAACAUUCCCCUGGGGUCCCAGAACACGGAGGUAUAUAGGAAGUUCCAGAAGGUUGGGGGAGGGGCAGACCCUUUGAAACUUCUGGAACAUUCCAUGCAACUCCAAGGAGGGUGGUCAAUAAAGUUUAUUAAUCAUCCAA